ACCUGUCCACACCAUAACUCUAUUCUUCUCUCGGUCUGCUGACUCUCCUCACGCAGCCUCUCUCUGUUGUCUCUUCUCUCAGCCUCUCUCUCAAACUCUUUCGUCGGCGAUAUCUCCUGCGAAUUAGGAACAGCCGAUCCUCUCAGACCCGACACUUCACCCCGUGUCCGCCUUUCAUCGCCGCCGAAAGCAACGUUGACGCCGUUGCGGGUGGAGGAAAGCCGUCAUAGGAGCCACGGAGCACGCUGCUGCUGUGCAGAGCAUACAGAGAGCUGCCUCAUAAGUCAUAACACAGCAGCAGGAAACAAAACCCAGAAAAACCAAAAAAAAAAAAAAAAAAACGGAAACCAUGUUCGGUACCGAAGUGUAUCUUACCUCCCCAUCUGAGAGAUGCAUUUGAAUGAAUAACGAAAAUGGCUUCGUUUUGGCUGGCCUCUCGCUCUUCACGUAGGUUUCUGAAACCUGCAGUGCCCCUCUCCCGCACCCUAUUCGCAGUCUCUUCUUAUCACCCAACUACCACCACCGCCAAUCCUAACCCUAACCCUUAUCAGAACGCAAGCCCGUUGGGCCCAUUCAAUCAAAGGCACCGUUGGACUCCAGGCUCCGUUGAAUUUGAUCUCAGACUCUUAGCGCACCUCUCCAGCUCGCCUUCGUCAACCGGUGAGAAGAACGACGGAAAUCAGGGCGGCCAUGGCACGAAGGCUGAGGCAUCUUGGAUCGACUUGUAUUUGCCGAGGCAAGCUCGGCCUUAUGCUAAGCUCGCUCGCCUCGACCGGCCCAUUGGCACCUGGUUGCUCGCUUGGCCUUGUAUGUGGUCAAUAACAUUGGCAGCAAGCCCAGGCCACCUUCCUGAUUUUAAGAUGAUGACACUAUUCGGAUGUGGCGCUCUGCUUUUGAGGGGUGCUGGAUGCACCAUAAACGAUCUCCUUGACCGGGAUAUUGAUACCAUGGUCGCACGCACAAAGUUGAGGCCAGUUGCAAGUGGUGUUUUGACACCCUUUCAGGGGCUUUGCUUUCUUGGAUUUCAAUUGCUUUUGGGUCUUGGGAUUCUCCUCCAACUGAAUAAUUAUAGCCGUGUUUUAGGGGCUUCAUCUUUGUUUCUAGUUUUCUCCUAUCCUCUCAUGAAGAGGUUCACAUUCUGGCCUCAAGCCUAUCUAGGGUUAACCUUCAAUUGGGGAGCUUUGUUAGGAUGGGCUGCAGUUAAAGGAAGCAUUGAUCCAGCUGUAGUGCUCCCAUUGUACUUUUCUGGAGUAUGCUGGACACUUGUGUAUGAUACGAUAUAUGCACAUCAGGACAAGGAAGAUGAUUUGAAAGUAGGUGUUAAGUCUACGGCUUUGAGAUUUGGCGAUUCAACUAAGGAGUGGAUUACUGGCUUUGGAAUUUUGUGCAUGAGUAGUCUUGCCCUCAGUGGAUAUAAUGCUGAAAUUGGUUUUCUUCUUUCUUCCUUAAUGUUGGCCUUAUUAUGCAUUUUUGUCGGCCGCUUCUGGACAAUUAGCUUGGCAGAUAUGGACAGCUGACCUUUCAUCCCGGGCUGAUUGCAAUAGAAAAUUUGUGUCGAACAAAUGGUUUGGUGCUAUUAUUUUCAGUGGAAUCCUGUUUGGAAGACUUUCAUCAUAGGGUUAAAGAAUGCUUGGAUGCAACCUCGGGGAACUACAAUUAAUUCAUAUGGGUCUCUUUUACAAAUGCAUGUCUUCACCUUCUGACAGCAACAGAAUUGCAUACUGAUACGUUCGAAGUUUAAAUGAUUUAUGGUGACCUGCUUGUUAAAUUUGCAAGAAAGCUCCCGGAUUGAAUAAGUGGAGGCUAUUAUGCAUGUCGCGUCUACACUAGAGGUCUCCCACUGCAAGAUAUUUGCUAUUGUGGUUGCAUAACUAUACACCAGACCCUGUUCUUGGGGUUUGUUCAAUUCUAAGGGCAGGACGAUUUUGGCAGUCGAUGCAUUUGCAACUAACGUAGAAAUAUCCAUUUCCUAAGUGGCAAUUUUGUUGUAACAUCAUUCUUUUUGGUACAUGAGGAUAUAAUUGUAAGGUCACUAUUUCGAGUUAAACAUCGAUCAAGGGAGUCAUAUGAGAGGUUAUUUCUUUGUGGAUA